UACUCGUUUUUCUCCUAGUUCACUUCCUAUCUAAGGAUUCCUUUAUCUUCUUCUUUUUCUUUCUCCUCCUCCUUAGGCUAAAUCUCCGGCGAAGGAUCCGGGGGAGAGCUCCGACAACUUUUUUGUUUCCGCUUGUUUGGUGUGAAAGCUGAUGAAGAGUUAGCUGUCGGGAAACUUCUGUUCGGGGAUUAUUACCCCACAAAGCAAAUUCAGGUUUAAGGAAUCCAACUGUUCUUCCCUGUUGUUGGAUUCAGCUAUGCUACCUGGUGGGUUGAAAGACACCCAACUCCGAGAGACCAACAGCCAAAAGGUCCAUCCUCAACCCAUGGAAGAAUCUAUUAACCAGAACCCAGAAGCAAUGGAGGCACUGAUUUCCAAACUGUUUACAAAUAUCUCGUCUUUGAAGUCGGCUUACAUCCAGCUCCAAACUGCCCAUACACCCUAUGAUCCCGAAAAGAUUCAGUCGGCAGACAAGGUUGUGAUUUCCGAGAUAAAAAAUCUUUCAGAACUCAAGCACUUUUACCGGGAGAACAACCCCAAGCCUGCAUGUGUCUCCCCUCAAGAUUCUCGCUUAGCUGCAGAGAUCCAAGAGCAGCAAAGCCUCUUGAAAACGUACGAGGUAAUGGUGAAAAAGUUUCAGUCAGAGAUUCAAAACAAGGACUCUGAGAUCAUACAGCUGCAACAGCAGAUUGAAGAAGCGACUCAGAAGCGAGCUAAGCUCGAGAAGAAUCUAAAGCUAAGGGGCCUGUCCACAAGAGAAUCAGAAGGUUCUGUGGCUGGUAGUGGACAUUUUACUGUAGAUUUAACCCCCGAACUCUUCAUGUCACUCUAUGAAGCUGCUUAUAAAGCCGUCCAUGAUUUCUCAAAGCCGCUGAUCAACAUGAUGAAAGCUGCUGGAUGGGACCUUGAUUCGGCUGCCAAUUCUAUUGAAGCCGAUGUUGUUUAUGCCAAGAGGGCUCACAAGAAAUAUGCAUUCGAGUCAUACAUAUGCCAGAGGAUGUUUGUUGGGUUUCAGCAAGAAAAUUUCUCAAUCCAAUCGGAAAGCCCAUCAGAUGAUGCAGAGGCGUCCUUCCGUCAGUUUCUUGCUCUGAAGGACAUGGAUCCACUAGAUGCCUUAUGUCAAAGCCCGGACUCUACUUUCGGAAAAUUUUGCAGGAGCAAGUAUCUCAGCGUAAUCCACCCAAAGAUGGAAAUCUCAUUCUUCGAAAACAUGGACCAGCGGAACUACGUUAUGGGAGGCGGGCACCCGAGAACUGCGUUCUACCAGGCGUUCUUAAAACUCGCCAAGUCGGUCUGGCUUCUGCAAAGGCUUGCCUUUUCCUUCGACCCUGCAGCCAAGAUCUUCCAGGUGAAAAAGGGCUGCGAAUUCUCUGAUGUUUACAUGGAAAGCAUCGUGAAGAAUGUGGUUAGAGAAGAGAGGGAGCAGAGUCUGAGAGUUGGUCUCAUGGUCAUGCCCGGGUUUUGGAUCGGUGGCAGCCUGAUUCAGAGCCGUGUUUAUCUCUCCGGCAUGACAUUAGCUGAAUGAAGAGGGUUUUGCGUUCACCUGUGUUGAAGGCUCUGUAUUGUACUUGCGUUAUUUUCCAUUCGCCGUGCUGUAACUGUAUCGUCCGUGAUGUACCGUUCGUCAGUAUCUAUUAAGCUCUUAUGUUAUCAAAAACCGCUCCUCCUCC